AUGGAGAAGCAAUACUUAGUGUUAUGGAUAGUAAUUCUGAACCUUUCUUGUUCAGCACUUGCAGGCUCCACCAGCAGGUCCAAGCAAGGCUAUGGUGAUAAUAAAUGUCCAUUACGGAAAGAUGUAUACCAAAAUAGUUGUCCAGAAGCAGAGUCCAUCAUCUUCUCUUGGGUGAAGAAAGCUGUGUUUCAGGACCCCAGAAUGGCGGCCUCGCUUCUUCGUCUUCACUUCCAUGAUUGCUUUGUCAAUGGGUGUGAUGCUUCGGUGCUGCUGGAUGACACAGAGGGCUUCGUUGGAGAGAAAACUGCAGGUCCAAACUUGAAUUCACUAAGGGGCUUUGAGGUGAUCGAUGCAAUAAAAUCUGAACUUGAAACGGUCUGCCCACAAACCGUAUCCUGUGCUGACAUUCUUGCAAUCGCGGCUCGUGAUUCUGUUGUUCUGUCAGGAGGUCCAAGUUGGGAAGUACAAGUGGGAAGGAGAGACAGCUUCAGUGCGAACAAGCAAGCAGCAAACAACGACAUUCCGGCCCCUAACUCCACUGUUGAAGUCCUCUUGGCCAAGUUUCAGAACGUUGGCCUUUCACUCCGUGACAUGGUUGCCCUUUCUGGAGGACACACAAUAGGAAAAGCUCGGUGCACAACAUUCAGUUCUCGUCUACAAAACAGCGGAAGCAAAAGUGCACAUGUUAAUCUGGACUUCAUUUCCUCACUCCAACAGUUAUGUUCAUCAGGAGGAAGAAACACUAACAAUGGCAACACAGUGGCACAUCUGGACCUGGUCUCACCAGCUACAUUCGACAACCAGUACUACGUUAAUCUUCUCUCUGGGGAAGGCCUGCUUCCAUCAGAUCAGGUUCUUGUGACUGGCAACAACGAUCAGACCCGACAGAUUGUGCAAACCUACGCGGAAGAUCCCUAUGCUUUCUUCGAGGACUUCAAGAAUUCAAUGCUCAGAAUGGGAAGCAUCCCAGGAUCUCUCCUCGGCCAGAUUCGUCGCAACUGCCGAUCUGUUAAUUAG